AUGAAGUUGGAUAAAGGAAACGAUAAUAUUGUCUUGAAUGAAACCGAGUACCGCACUGUACGAUCAACGACUGGAACGAAACAAAUACAGUCUAAGAUGCUGCUGGAGCUUCUGGCAAUUGACAAGCCUUGUGCUGAAGUGGUGAUCGCAGCCUGGAAGGAAAUGGUUGCGACGACCGCCUCUCGCGACAAAUCCUGCAUCUUCGACAAUAUUGAAGAUUAUGUCGAUUAUCGAAUCAUUGACACGGGUGCUCCUUUUGUCGAUGCCGUGAUGCGUUUCGGCAUGGGCAUCCUCUUGGCCAAGGAAGAAGAAGAACGUGUUGCCCCGAUCGUUAAACCAUGCUUUGCGGCUCUUGGGCUGGCUAAUGAGUACUAUUCCUUCGACAUCGAGUGGAAAGAGUUCCAACAACCAGAUAAGACAUACGAAGCCGGCACUAUGACAAAUGCUGUGUGGCUAUACAUGAAGUGGGAAAACAUUUCCAUUGCCGAGGCGAAGGAGAAAGUUCGACAGGUAGUGCGUGGCUAUGAAGUAGAAUUCCAGCAACGAAUGGAUAGUUUUAUCGCGGACAAAGAACAAUGCCCUCGGAAGUUAUGUGAGUACUUGAGAACGUUGGCCUUUCAAUUCCCAGGGAAUAUUGCUUGGAGCCUCCGGUGCCCUCGAUACCAUCCCGAGCUCUGUGCUGAGGGAGAAGCCCUAUUGCAAAGCGGCACCGAUGAUAAGAAGGAUACGUCAAAUGAACAGGACCGAAGGGGCUCAGUCGCAAUCUCGGAGCAUUCUGCUCAAGAACAUACAGAUUCCGAGAGCAGUUUGUCGUCUACGGGGACCCCCAAAUCCAGCCCGUCAAGCAGAUCUUCAGUGACAUCAUUGGAAGAUUUCACUAAUGACUUCAAACCCCCAAAACACAGUACAUUUGGGUACUGA